UACCGAUCUCGUUUGCCUGACGCGUCUGGACACAUCGAAAUCGACGCGCAGGCAGUUACGUGUGCGCGUAAUUCCGAUGUCGGACCACAGCAUAACCCAGAAACAUGCAACUGGACCACAAAGCAGUGCGCUGGCGCCUCCGCGCAUUUACAAUGCCAUAUACUCUGCGGUACAAGUAUUCGAGUGCAUGGUCCGCGGCAUUGCGGUGAUGCGCCGUCGGGUGGACUCGUAUGUCAACGCUACACAGAUAUUAAAGGUUGCUGGAAUCGACAAAGGCCGGCGUACGAAGAUUUUAGAGAAAGAGAUACUCCCAGGAAAGCACGAAAUUGUUCAAGGAGGUUAUGGGAAGUACCAGGGCACAUGGAUUCCUCUGGAGCGAGGACGUGAAUUGGCCACUCAAUUCGGCGUCGCACCUCUGUUGGCGCCCUUGUUCGACUAUGUUGCCCCAAAUGCCUCUAUGCCCCGACUACCAGUACCCAAUGCUAUCCGAUCUUACCAGUCAUCACCUCCAUCAACGGCGAGUCAUGUUGGAUCCCAUCAGGCGUCGUUCCCAUCGACGCCUCAGUCUGCCGCCAAGAUGAGUCCUUCGACGUACCAAUCUAUGAGGCCGCCUGCUCCACAAACAACCGAUGGCCACUUACAGUCGCCAUUCCCCAAUAGCGCGCCAUCCACUUCUUCUCCAGUUCAUCCCCGGCCCUCCGCCGUUUUUUUCAAAAAGAAGUUGCGGGAGGACCUCCCGAAAUCUACUCACCCACAUCGUUCCUUACAGGAUGGUGCGGACAAGCUGAGCGAUGGCAAGACACUGACUCCCCCCACCAAGCGUGUACUGUCACCAGUUGACCCCACUACUCGCUUUGCAACCGAACCGAGCCCCUCGCAUGCGUCACGCUCUUCGAUCCUUGGCAGUCGGUCACGAACUAUCCUAUCUCAUAUUAACAAUGAUCAGCAGCCGAAUAUGGUUCUUGAGCAACUGACACACCAAACUGAUAUCGAAUUAGAAGGAAUAAACAUGACAAUUGAUGACGAGGGGCACACCACGCUUCAUUGGGCUGCGAAUCUAUCUCGGAUCUCUUUAAUGGAAGCUCUGAUUGAUGCAGGUGCAGACAUCCAUCGUGGUAACAACAUGGGAGAGACCCCUUUGAUCCGGUCAAUACUUUCGUCCGCGGCAUUUGCAUCACAAUCACUUCCCCGUGUCCUUGAGUUAUUAUCGGCAUCGAUUCGUACAGUGGAUGCAUUAUCCCGGUCAGUCCUCCAUCAUGCUGCACUUGUGGCUGGCGUGAAGAAUCGAGCGUCAUCAGCACGCUAUUACAUGGAGACUAUCUUGGAAUAUGUUGCUCGUAAUGAGGGUGCUGAAGGCUUGAGGAGCAUAGUAGAUCUCCCAGACCUUCACGGAGACACCGCGCUGAAUCUAGCCGCCAGGGUCGGGAAUCGAAGCCUGGUGCGGAAUCUCUUAGAUGUCGGUGCCAAUCCUUUGUUGGCGAAUAAGCUCGGAUUACGACCUGGCGAUUUCGGCGUCGAGCAUGGAAGCCUUGAUGCCAGCAAAGCGGGUGAUAUGAUUUCUGCACUCCGCACCGGCCCUACUCUUCCUGUUCGACGAAGGAAGGACUUAAGCAAUGAAGUAUUGUCAAUCAUCGAGGGAUUGGAUAUUGAAUUUAAUGAGGAAGCCGAGACCAAGCGGAAACAGCUAGAUGAUAUUCAAAACCGACUUCGCACCGCUACUCGGGAACUUGCCUCUCAGCGCAGACUUAUCCAGCAUUGGCAGGCCGCAUGUUCGGAGUUAGACCAAAUCUUGGAACGCAUCAAAAAUGUGAAGGGAGCAAGAGAUUCUGACCAAAACCUCUUCCAUAUUAAAGCAGGGACAGCGUCAAGAAGUGGCAGCUUGGAUCCGCCUCUCCUGGAAGACGAUUAUCCAGUGUCUCUAACAACUCUACGAAGGAAACGGUUUUGGCACUCGCAUGCGAAUCAAAUAAUCAGCGACCGACUGAGUUUCAUGAAGGGACAGAAUGCAGAGAAAGAGUUGCAAUGCAAGAAACUUGUUAGCCUGUGUACGGGUGUUCCUCUUGAGAACGUGGAGCCCAUGCUUGAGAAUUUGCUUGUUGCGAUGGAAAGUGACGGCACUGUCCCCGAAAUCGGUCGCGUCUCGGGGUUCAUGCAGAAAAUCAAGUCAUCAAACGGUUGAGGCACCUUGAUAGCGCCAUCCGCGAUGUAAUACACAGGAACAUUAUGUUUGUUGCGACAGUAGUUAUUCUUGUGCGAAAAGCUGGAAACUCCUGUUCCAAGAGCCCGAAGCAAUGUAUUCCCCUCCCAGGGAGAUGUCAACAGACAUCACCUU